AAAUUCAUUUAACUUGAUUAAUUUGAAAUGUGUACGGCAUCACCUAACAAGCUUGAAAGGUUAUCGCAUGAAUAUUUCGUUUCAUCGCUUAGAACUUGGUGUAAUUCUCAAAAUGACCAGACAAAGACUUUAAAUCUAGUAAAAUCGGAAUGGGUUAAUAGAAUUACGAAUAAAUUAACCUCCACAUCUAAAGUUGAUUUAAUGAAACUAAUGACAUUAACUGGCCUUUAUGAGGUUGAAUUAGACUUUAUAAAACUCUCGGUUCCAACCCUAAUUUACUUUUCAACUCUGUAUAACAGUGGAUAUGGCUGUGAAGACUCUUGCUUACUACUUACUGAGUGGUCCAAUAACACUAACACAGAUGUUAGUUUACAGUUAAACUCUGGUGAAUUCGUGUAUAACCCAAUUUAUAUUAACCGUGAAAGGUUCAAGAAUUUAUUGUUGAAGAUGUUAAAUUCUCCAUCUAGAGAUAAGAGAAUUAGAAGAAUACAGAUAUAUUUAUCUAAUCCAGACUCUUUUGACCAUACUAACAUGGAUUUAUUAUUAAGCACUUGUGAAGAACACAGUCCAAGUUCUAUUUCCCAGCUAUCAAACUCUACUAAAGACUCAAAAUUAGUGCCCAAAUCACCUAAAUCUACGCCUAAUCCUAACCCUAAUUCAUCAGUUUUAACGCCAAAUUCAAGUAAAAUACUUGAAUUACUUGACCAAUCUAAGCUUCCAAAGCUCUUCAUCGAGUAUAUCGAACCCACCAAAGGAUUAUUCAAACUCUAAUCUAAUGUACUUUAAA